CCAUGAAUUGAUCCGUUGGGUAAAACAUCACUCAAAAUACUAGAAGAUGGAUCUCAAAAAGUUUAAAUGACGCAAGCUCCUCGAUGUUGCGAUAUAAAUAUGUGCCUAAACAGGCAGAGGAGAAGAAAUCUGAUCAGACCGUCCAGGACUUUCAGGAAUUACAAGGACAGCAAGAGACGGUGGAACACGUCGGGGGAAUAUUUGAAAAUAGCAUGUACGCGCGGAGAGGCUCGAGCGAUAGGGUGGUGAUUGGAAACAGUAAUGGUUUGUGUGCUAGUCAAAAUGGGAACUCACGAAUUCUUCGACAGAAUUACAAUAUCGGGGUUCUUAACGGAGUACCGGGUGAUAAUAGAACUGCCCUGCUUGAAUCAGGAAUUACAGACAGAUCUGGGACGGGUGUUUUCAAAGUGGAUCCAAAUGUGUCAAAAUUCAGUCAUAACACUCCCAUAAGAUCGGCCAGUGCAGUUGGUAAAACUUCGCCGACUGUUUUGAAUGGAAAUAUAGCAACACCAAGCACGAAAGCAGGGGUUGGUAAAGUUAUUCAGAAGUUUGGAAAUGGCUUACGUAAGUUAGGAUAUGGUCGUAGUGCAAGCUCUCUAACAUCGCUAACUCAUGUCGUUGAAACCUCCACGUCUCCCAUAUCUUCUCCGCCAGAAAGACCAGUGUCUCUAUCUCCCCCUCCAAGGAUAGUUGUUUCGCCGCCGGUGGAGAAUAAUAUACGCCAACGGACAUGGAGUACAGAUGAGGAGGAUUCCACUGAACACACCGACAUCACCAUGCAUCCGCAACAACAGAUGAGACGUAGAAAGAAGAGACCUAUGCAUGGUGUAAAGACAGUUCAAGUGUCAAGAGGAAAAUCUGGUUAUGGUUUUACAAUAUCUGGUCAACAUCCGUGUGUCUUAAGUUGUAUUGUUAAUGGUAGUCCUGCAGAACAGAUGGGACUCAAACCUGGUGACUAUGUAAUGUCUGUAAAUGGUGAAAAUGUGUCCCGAUCAAGUCACGAUUCGGUUGUAAGAAUGGUAGGAUUAUCAACUGGAACAUUAGAACUACAAGUAGCUGAAAAUUUAAACGAUUCUGAUUCAUCGGAGGAGGAUUAUCAUCCUCGUCUGAAAUCACGUUUUCCUAAUAGAGUCCGCCCGCGACAGCCAAAAAACUUACCCCCUAAAGCCCCAGAUAGUCACCGAUCUCAUAAUAGUAAAUUAGAAACCAAGGGGACCAAUUGCAGGUUGAAUGUGCAAGGAACCGAAGGCGGAGCUUAUGGCAAGGAAAAUUCUCACAAUGGAUCCAGUAACGGCGCCAGAUUAAAAACUUCCUACUCCAGCCAAUCAUUAAAAAGUGUUAGCUCUGCUUCAACGAUGCAGAACUCUCUGUCAAAUUCUCAUGCUCACCAUGUGUCUCAGAACUCUUUAUCUUAUGUGUCUUAUCAUUCAUUGAACUCACAGCAUUCUUACGCUAGUAACAGCUCUCAUUCUAACUUAGUGCAUAAUUCGCACUCAAACCUCACGCAAAGUUCUCGCUCAAAUUCAUCACAUCACUCUCACUCUCAACCUAACCUUAAUCUCCAUGGUGAUCGAAGUGGACAUACACGUAAUAGAUAUUAUGAAGAUAUGAACUCUGUUGCCCUGGCUUACAAUAUACCAGCUGGUCACCUACCAUCUGACAGUAUAAAUAGUGAUAACAGCGAAAAUUCUGGUGUAUUUAACGAAUACGGAGAUGUCCGAGCAGUAGUAGGUUAUAUAGGUUCUAUAGAAAUGCCAAGUGAUGCUAAUAGACCCCAUCAACGAUUACAAUCACUAAGGAAUGCUGUCCGACGUCUUCGAAUAGAGAAAAAGAUUCAUACGUUAGUGCUAAUGGAUGUUCAUUCCGAUGGUGUAGGACUAACCAAUACAGGUGGUAAAAUAAUAGCACAAUAUCCCGCUGACAAACUUGCAUUUAGCGGUGUUUGCCCAGACGAUAAAAGAUUUUUUGGAAUUGUGACACUUCAUGAUCAUUCAGAUGAUGUCAGCGAAUUCAGUGGUAGGCAUGAGAAUGUAGGAACAGCCAGUUCUUGUCAUAUUUUUAUGGUGGAUCCUGAGCUUCGAUCACACAGUAUGCAUGCUCAAAAAGCUAAGUCUUUCUCUAUACAGUGUACUGUAGAUCAUGAUACAUUGAGUUGUUUAGAAUUUCCUCGAUCAUCCACACAUAUUAUUCUAGCCGUUGCUAAUUUAUACAAAGACCGGCAAGGUGAUGGUUAUGAAAACGAAAUUAUUCGAUCACAAGCUUUCGCUAAUCCUGCUCGUCCUGCUCAACGAAGUUCCAGUAAUUCUUCAAAUAGUGACAGCGGAUUAGGAUUUGGUAAAGAUGACAAUGCUAAUGAACGCGGUUUUAUUGUCGAUAUGGCUGUGGAGGAACCAGUUCAACCAAGACCUAGUGCUAUUGGUGCCAGGGGAAGUAACCCUGCUAUUCAUCAUUUAUCUCCAGAAGUGCAGACCAUUCCUUCUUCAAGAUCUAAUUUCAAAAGACCGGGUUCAGCUUUUGAAUUAAGACGGCAGAUGAACAAUUCCACAAGUAGCGAAGAAUGUUGGCAAGGCAACAGCAGUUCGAACAAACUUAAUCCCAGAGCUAUGCCUAACCCACAUAGGUCUUGGAGAAAUGAUAACCCACAACAUCAUCAUAAUAGUGCUGAGAAUUUACGUCAGAGUAUGAGAAACUUGUUACAACAACGUAAGGGUCCGAAUGAAGUUAGUAGUGAUGAUUCAUGUAAAAAUGAAUUUGUUAAAGGGCAGUUCAUUAGUCCAAGGCCUAGGUCCGCACCAUUUACACAAUUAAACUCUAUAAACGAUAGAGUUGAAACUGUUGAUUUAAACAUGGCAAGGUUGAGUCCCCGAUCAUAUUGUCGUAACAAGGCUAUGUUGCGAUCUCCAUCUGCCCCGCCCAUACCAUACUUUCAUCCAGAUGAUUUUGAUGAUUCAGAUUCAGACAGUGAUGAAGAUUCAAUGGUGAGAAAAGUAAUCCAGAGGUUUAACCAUGACAAAACACUUCUUCAUGAGCAAGAUCAAAGACGAUUUUCUGAAAGUUUUGCUGUUGCUACAAAAAGAGAGAAAGAGCGUUCAGAUAACAAUCAUGUACAGAGAUGGCGUAAAACAGCAUCAUUUAGAAGAAAUAAGGCAUUGAAAUAUCCAAGUCAUUCACAUGAGUCUUUGAUUGUUGGUGACGGUGAUACAACACAUAAAUUACUCCCAGCUAACAGUGUUAAUAGUAUUGUACAACAUGUUAAUAAAAUAGACGAAGAUGACGAUUCAGGUAGAAUUGCUGGUUGGGCCGUUAACUUUGAAAAGCUUCUUCAAGAUGAAGCAGGACUUGCUGUUUUCACUGAGUUUUUAAAGAAAGAAUUCAGCGAAGAAAACAUCAUUUUCUGGACUGCUUGUAAAGAUUAUAAGAACAUAACUGAUGAGCAGGAGAGAAAUAUUAAAGCUAAAGAAAUCUAUAAUCGUCAUUUGAGUACUCGAGCUACUGAUCCAGUUAAUGUUGAUAGUGCUGCUAGAUUACAUGCUGAUAAAUUUAUAGAUACACCUAAUGCUAUCAUGUUUGAUCUGGCUCAACAACAGAUUUUCAGACUGAUGAAAACUGAUAGUUAUGCCCGAUUCUUGAAAUCUGAACUGUACAAGACUUAUCUGUUACGUGAAAUUGAAGGUCAGCCUUUAGAUUUACCAGUCAUAGAAUCAGAAGUAGAAAAGAAACCUGCAGGUGAUAAGAAAAAAAAGGGUAAAGAAAAUGAAGAAAAGACAAGACGCAGAUCUUUGUUACCAUGGAAACAAAGUAAAUCAAAAAACCCUAAGUCAGCCUCCGAUUCUGAAUUAAAGAGAUUAGGUAAAGUUAAAGGUUCUAAAGAAGAUAUAUCUAAACCUAUUAAAGAAAGAAAAGAAGAACAUACAAAGAAACUACCAGGACCUGGCAUUGACCUUAGUACCAUGAGAAAAGAAGUUUUCAGUUCUAAAGAGCCUGUUGCGGAAAAGAAAGCUGAACAAAAUGAAGGACAGUUUAAAUUUUGUCGAGUCAUCAUGCCAGAUGGUUCUACAACUGUGGUAUGCGCUAAACCUGGUCAAACUACUAGAUCUGUAUUGGGUAAACUAUGUGAAAAACGUAGUUUGUCUAUUGCCUCUGUUGAUGUCUUCUUACUCGGCUGUGAUAAGCCCCUUGAUCUGAGUGAAGAUAUUUCAUUGUUGGGAUCUAAAGAAGUCAUUAUUGAACGACGUGUUUUGUUUCGUAUGGAUUUACCCAAUAAGAAAUCUAUUGGUGUUAAAGCAAAACCAAAUCGCACUAUCCGAGAUGUCUUCAAACCCAUUCUAAAUAAAUAUGGUUAUCGUGUUGACCAGGUCGGAGUUCAGUUGUCUGGUGGUAGUGAUUUCUUAGAUUUAGAAGUGCUGGUAUCAGAAGUUGACAAUCAGAGAAUUAUUAUUAUAUCUAAAGAGGAUUUAAAUGAAUGGGGUGGCAAUGACCAGCGAGUUAUGUUGACUGCUAAGCCUCCUCUGGCCUCUGCUAAAUUCAAAACCAAAGCUAGUGUACACACAUCAGCCUCUCUUGAAGAAAUUACAAAUGGCAUCUUUGAGGAUUUGAUGAAAGGGAAAUCAGAGAAUAUUCAUAAAUUUGAUGAUUUGGGUGUUUUAGAGUUUGAUAAUGGCAAGCUGUUCAGAAAUCCAGAAGGAAAUCGCUCAUCAAACUUAUUAGGCCUACUGAGAAAAGAAUCCUGGGGAAAAGAACGGAACAAGCCGAAGGUCAGGAACAAGGUGACUUUUGCACAUCCAAAGAUUGAAAACUCGAAGAAAACUUCUGACCAAGAAGACGAGAAACUAUUCGAGCUACUACGCAAAGCCCAGAGCCAUAGGCUAGAUGAUCAAAGAGGUUUGACGACCAGCUCUGUUGAGAUGCCAGAAUUCCUACGAAGAGAUGAGUGGCAGAACUCCCAAACUGCAGCUCAUCAAAGAAUUCCGUCACUCAGCGAUGUCUUCGAUGAGAUUCACUUCAAUCCAAACUCAUCUAACCCAGAACGAGAUAAGCCGAAUAAAGAAGACACUCCUGAAUUUGGGUUUGGGGCAGAGGCACGAAAAAUCAAAAAAUUUCAAACUUUCGGCACCAGUGAUAAAAUUGAGUUCUCUAAUCAUAGUUUUAGUGAUGAUGAUAUACAACCGGAUCUUGAGUCAACUGAGGAUUAUUUCAAUACGAAACCUGUGAUAGUGGACUGUAAAGCAAUGAUCCUGAGUGAUAUUCAAAAGGAAAUUGAUAGUACUAAUCAAUCCCCACUCUCGGGAAAUUAUAACUUCUAUCCGAAAACAGAAUCAAGAACCACAGCUCCCUUUGCUUCCCCUGAACAAUACUCUCCAAAUCAAAAUGAUUUAGACAGAACUUUAGUUCAGUCACCCAAUCCAGCAUUUGUUACACCAACUAAUAAUGAUAUUACUUCAAAUGGUGAUCUUUCAAGUGAGGCUAUAGCAGAUUUUACUCCGCCAACUCCAGUUAAUACCGUUUCCAAACUUCAACAUUCAGAAUCAUCAGGUUUUAAAAUAGUGACCAAAGACUCUCCACAUUUGGGAAAUAAAGGUGCUUUAAAAGACAAAUCAAAUAUAUUUAUUCAAACACCUCCCUCUUAUCAAUCACUAGUUAAAUCGGGCAAAAUAAACCUAACACCAAAGAACAUUAAAUUAACACAGCCUAAACUUUUCUGUUCUCCAUCUGAUGUAGAUAGUGAAAACCCAGUUGUAACUUUUGUGUAACGUGCCAUUAUGUGAUGAAUUUUAUCUUGUGAAAUAACCACUGUUGUGCAACAGGUAAAACCAUUUGUUUUUUGUUAAAUAUUUUAUUAAGUUUUAAUUUUUCCAGGUAAGGUUGUUAAAAUGAAUUUCAUUGGUUGUAAUUCAACGACUUUGUUAAACUAUAUUUUAUCUAGUUAGUACAUGCAUGUAAAGAUUUUGUUGUUAUGGUUAUAAAAUUCUGCUAAUACAGUUGUGUUCUAUGUACAAUUUUGUAGUUUUUAAAUUUAUUUCUGUGCAAUUAGUGUAGUUUUAGGUUGUGUACAUCCUUUCAGUUUUAUUCUGUAUAUUAUAUAAAAUAUAUCAUGUGAAAUUAACAUGGUUGUGUACAAUAUUAGCAGUAACAAGUAGAGAUUUUUUGAAUAAUUUUUAUUUGCUUUUAAUUUAACAGAACAUUUCUAGUAAUCGAUUUCUUUAUUGUAUUAAAAGAAUGUAUUUGUAUAUGUGCAAUUGUUUUAAAGGUGCUUUAAGAGGCUAUGACUGUAAGUGUGUGAAUUUGUAAUUAAAUGCUUUGAAUUGUAGUAUCCAAAGAAUUGUAGUAAAUUGUAUAAAAUCCUUCAUAUUGUAAUAAAUACGAUCUGAGAAAAAAAAA